CAAUACUUAAUUUAGCUUUAAAUUUGAAAUGGGAGAGAGCUCCAGAUCUCAAGGGAGGAUCAACAAGACUCUACAUGAAAGCUUGAGAACACAUCAGGAAACAUGAGUGUGAAUGAUAAAUACAACAGACCCUUCGGGACCAGCAUUGAAGAUGGCUUUAAGGAAAUCAGGAACAACAACCACUAUGCUGAAGAUUCCCUGGAUGGUGAUGGCAAUGCUAAUGAAAUCCAAAGAGGACAUGGAGGAACAAGUUUCGAGGUAAUUGAAACGCUGUCCUCUGUGGUAUCUCACACUGAAGAACGGGUGAUUAUCCAGGGCACAGAUUCCCUGUGUGAUAACCCAGAGUUGGCUGAGUUUGAGAUGCUGGAAAGUAAGGAACUAAAGAAUGACGAAGAGAACAGUAUUCCUGAAGGUGACAUGAAGAGGGCUAUAUCCACAAAUAUGAUACAGACUGAGGCAAAGUCUCUGAAGAAUAGCAAAAUGUUCUUCCAAUUUAUUUCAAAUAAGCAAGAGUCUACUGCUUGUCCUCAGUCCACUAACAAAGUAAUGGUGACCAGCAUAGCCAGGACUGAGUUUAGCUCUGAAAAUGAUGUUUUUGUCUCUUGCCUUUCCACAAUGUCUAGUCUUGGAGGAAGUCUUGCUAGUGCCCUGGACCACGCCGGUCGAACCCAAAGCCCUGAUUCAUGGCAUGCUCUCUCAGGGGCAUACCAAACUCUCUCUGAGGACCUUACCCUUGCCUCACAGUCCGGUUUAACUAUUUCGGAUAAAAGCCAGAACUCUGUACAUACUGAGGGCAUGCAUCAUCAGCAAGGAAAAAGUACAAGACACAUCAGUGUUGAUCUCAAUCCUAACCCCACCCCCUUGCCUGAGGCACCCCUUUUAGAAGCACAAGAUAACCAACCAGCUACAGACUUUGUACCAUAUGACAGCUCAGGUCAACUGACAAAUUGCAUGAGUGAAUAAAGGAUCAAGAAAGUCCCUAAUGAAUCAGGAAUUACCAGUCAGUACAAUCUAGGAGAACCUGGAAUUCAUGUAAAAGAGUACCGUGGAACAGAAGUCAAGGCUUCAAAUUUGAAAACAAUAUCAACUGAGAACAAACCUUGUCAACCUCUUGUCUCAGACAUCACACACUCUGCUGCACAUAACAGAUGGUUCUCACAUGAUUCCACUGGUGAUAUAAAUAAUAAACUCAAAUCCCAAAAUGAUGAAUCUCCUAUAAUUGCUCUUAAAACCUCAAAAAUAACCUUAAAGGAUACACCUGUGCACUCUGGUGGUUUGAAACACCAACCUUACAAGAAGCAAGCUUCUUUUGAAAAGACCCGAAGUUCUAGUGCAUCGAGUUUGGAAAGGCGAAGACCUUGGGGUAGCCCGUCUCGCCCUGAGACCCCUCCAUCCCCUAAAACCAUCCGUUUACCUUGGAAACAGCCACCUUCAUCACCAGCCAAGCCUAUUAGCACAAGAGAAGCAAGUCAGGAACGUAAUGAAACCUUACAGAGGGGAACCACUGGUUUGAGUCAACCAAGUAAAAGUUUUCUAAGUAGUAGUAGCAGUCUCCCAAAACCUGCCACUCCUCAGCAACCCACUAAAGCAGAAUGUGAAUCUAAGAAGUCUUCUUCACCUCAAAAGCCCAAAAAUGUUCGACAAAAAAUCAUAACAUAUGUCCGCAAAAGCCCUCAAGUGAAACCAAUGUCUGAAGUUUCCUAUGAAGUAUCGACGCUACCGCCAAGACUUUACAGUAGCUCACCAACCUCAAAAGAUUCCAAGGCUGAGGGGUCCAGAGGUUCACCUGUGCUGAGCUCCUCUAAUAUCCUUUAUGAAAAGUAUCGUCAGGAAGUACAGAGGUCAGGGUACUACUCCCCUCCAGGACUGAAAGCAUCUGGGAUCAGGCCACUGAGCCACACUGUUCCUCAUAAACUGGUGGGCAAAUCAGAAAGUCCACACAGCAGCAGUGAUGAAACUCUCCUCUCGCGCUCUCCUCUCCCUUCUGCCGAGAGCAGAAGGAGUCAGAACCGCAGCAGCCCCACGCCCCCAGCCCGCCGAUCUCUGCACCCGUCCCCUCGUGCCUCACCCGUGGCCUCUAGAAAGGAGUUUCAAAGAGAUAGAGAAAUCACCCGACCCAUUGUGUCAUCCCCGAAGAGGUUUGCAGUGCUCUCUCCCAAGCCUCAGUCCCCUGUGCGUCAGAAGUCAUGUGUGGCCCAUCUGGGUGGGCGUGCAGAAGGUGUGGAUGCUGAGUGGGAGCAGUUGAUGGUACAGAAACUGAAAGAGAGAUGUGAAGAUCAGGCUCGUCAGCUGAUCACCCUGCAGGAUAAGCUCAGGAAGUCCUCACAAUGCCUGGAUGUGUUCACCAUAACCACACAGCACUUCUGCCAGAAGAGUGAGAAUGCUGCCGUGAAGGAGAGAGAGUUGUCCCUGCAGUUAGCCAGGAUCAGAGAUGAUGUGGUGGUCAGUGUUCAGCGGUGGGAGUGUCUGCAGGGUGAGAAGGCCCAACUGGAGCAGAGUUUUGAGCGGGAGCUGAAAGGACUACAAGAGGAGCAACAGCAGGAGCUCAAGGCCCUACAGCAGAGACUGGUAGAGGAUUGCACCUCUGAGAUACAGCGACUCCAGCAACAGCAGAACAGCCACCUGGUGCAGCUGCGUUCCCAGCACCAGGAACAGAUCGAGGAAAUGAGUGAAAAACAUGAGAGGGCCGUGAUGGAGAUGGAAGCGACACAUGGUGCCACAUUGGUCACUUUACAGGAAGAACACACCAGAACUGUCAAGAACCUGAAGACGGCACAUGAGCAGCAAAAGAAGUCAAUGGAAGAGGAAUUUGAGAAUCUCAGGCUCUCACUGCAGGAUCAGGUGGACACCUUGACAUUUCAGAACCGUGCUCUACGAGACCGGGCCAAACGCUUCGAAGAAGCACUGCGCAGAAGCACGGAUGAGCAAAUAGUGGAUGCUCUUGCUCCGUAUCAGCAUAUUGAGGAGGACAUGAAGAGUCUUAAAGAGGUUCUGGAGAUGAAGAAUCAGCAGAUUCAUCAACAGGAGCUAAAAAUUUCAGAGCUGGAAAAAAUGGCCCAAAAGAAUGUUAUGUUGGAGGAGCGUAUUCAGGUGUUACAGCAGCAAAAUGAAGACCUGAAGGACAGGAUUGACCGCAACCUUGCCAUGUCCAGGCAAUUAUCAGAGGAAAAUGCCAACCUCCAGGUGUAUGUUGAGAAAGAGAGCAACGAGAAGAAACGGCUGAGUCGCACCAAUGAAGAGCUGAUGUGGCGUCUUCAAACGGGCGAGUUGAGUCCUCGAAUGUCUCCCACCCAGUCGCCCCUUCAUAGAUCAGCCUCUAGUCCAGCUUCACCCUCCCGACAACAGCCUUUCCCUAGAUGAGUGUCUCUCACACCCUAUUUUUUCUCAUGUUUCUCAUCGUGGAUUCUGAUUGGGUGGAACAGAGGGUGCUCUCACACCUCUGAUAUCAGAGAUAUGGUCAUAGGUUUUUCAGUUUCAUGCCAAAUGUCAAUGUGACUGUAUUAGUUAGUUGAUACAGUGGUCAGGAUUUGAGUUGGAUAUACGUAAUUAUAUAAAUAGUUCACCCAAAAAUGUAACAUUCUGUCAUAAUUUACUGAACCUGCAUGACUGACUUAUGUGGAGCAUAAAUUGAGAAAUUAAUUUAUGAUUGCUUUUUCACACAAUUACAAAGAAUUGCGACAGAAGCUUUUAAGUUUUAAAUAGUUCAUUGUAAUACUCCGCCUAUAGUGUGACUGGAUAGUUGAAUCAGUCAGUUUAUCUCGAGAACUAAGUCAGUCUCAUUCAUGAAGAAUCAGUCAGGUUCAAGAAUCAAUCAGCAUUCUAAGCCAAUUAUGGUUGAAAAUUCCAUCUUUAUCCACAUAGUUCAAUGAUUCACCAUUUGUAUUUGAAACUGCAGUUCUUACAAAUGUUUGCAAACCACAUCUUAAAGUUGUUUGAUUGGAACUACAGCCUUCAACCCUUGAUUAGGAUUGUGAUUGUGGGUGGUGUUGGCGCAGUGGAUUAGACACAUGCCCUUGGUGUGAGAGACCCGGGUUCGAAUUCAUUGUGAGACACCAAUGUGUCCCUGAGCAAGACACUUAACCCCUAGUUGCUCCAGAGGCGUGCGACCUCUGACAUAUAUAGCAAUUGUAAAUCGCUUUGGAUAAAAGCGUCAGACAAAUGUAAAUGUGAUUAGUUAUUAUUAUUAUUAUUGCAUGAUAGCUCAUGCUCUUGAGAAAAAACUAAACAAGCUAACAUGCAGUACAUUCCAUCUUUUAUUCUUAUUAUAUAUGUAUAUGUUUACAGACACACACACACUCACACACACACACAUACAUACACUGUAGUCUUCAGAUGACAUGUUUGUUAUUUAAACCAAUAAUCUUAAAUUAUUUUGAUCUUCAACUGAUUAAUUAGCAGAAGUUAGGGUCACACUUUAUUUUAGGGUCCAAUUCUCACUAACCAUUAACUAUGACUUUGCCUCAAUUAACUCCUUAUUUGCUGCUUAUUAAUAGUUUAUAAGGUAAUUGUUAAGUUUAGGGUAUUGGGUAGGAUUAGGGAUGUCAUGCGUUAUAUAUAUACUUUAUAAGCACUUAUUGUUGAACUAACGGUCUGAGCAAAAGAUUAAAAAGUUAAUGUGCUUUUAGGCAAUAAAUAGCUCUUGAAUUAGUUAAUGAAUUGGACAUAACUGCUUUUCUCGUUAACAAUCCAAAAACCAAGGAGAUAGACACGUAGUGUAUAACAACAAAUGAGAUUCUGAUCACUUCUUAUAGUCUUUUGACUUACAAUGUAGCACAUGAGUUUCAUAGAUCACUUAUUACACUUUUGUGGUGGUUUGAAAGCAUCAAUCUUCAUUAGAUGUAAUUACAUGGAAAAUAUAAACCAGCAAAUACUUCAACAUUUCCUCAUUUGUGUUCCACAGAGGAAAGUCAGUCAAAUGAGUUUGGAGCUUCAGUGAGAAAUACUGGGAAAAUUACAUAAUUUUGAAAUAAGUUUAAAAUACAUAAGUUUAAAUUGUUAAAUUUUUACAUCAUCCUGCACUAGAGAGAACUGAAAAGGAGCAUUAUUCUACUUUAAGACUGUAUGUGUCCGUCCCAAUGUUGUGCAUGAUGUCACAGGCCAUGAUUUGGCUCUUGGGCUUUACAGCUUUUGUUCUUCAACCUUUGCCUAUGGUCUCAAGCUUUCCAAAGACUGAUCUGGACAUAAAUUUUACUAGGAAUUUGCCUUAAGAAGGAAAAACUUCCACCAGCAACCUUCUGUGCAACCCCAGGCAUUACCUCACUCACCGAACAGGAAAACACAGAAAGAUCUUUACAGGCUAGUUUAGGAUGGACAGCUUCCAUUCAGAUGAGGUAAAUACUUUGUCAAAACAUAAUGUCAACUAAUAGUUAUUUAGUCUAGGGUCUUAAAUGUUGACACAAAUGUGAGUUAAAGAUGUACAGUACUUUUUAAGGUGGUUGCUUCACGUUUUGUGACCUACAUACAAGGAUGCUAAUAAUAGCAUGGACUGACAGUGAAAUUGUGUUAACAACCUGCUGUCUUUACCUUCAUCUCUUUUUUUGUAAGGGUAAACAAUCCUCAUGCCUUCAUCUCAACUGUUCAUGUUUACAGAAAAUGCAUUAAGCCGUAAAGAACUGCCUGUGAAUUUGACAAACAAGUUAUCAGUCAUGGCUGUUUAUGUCCCUCUUCUCUGCAGAGUAUGUAUCAUAAGUUUUCCGGUUGCUCUGACUCAGAUAAUGUGCUUAAACUGCAUUCAUGUGGACACUAUGAGGGCUUUUGUCCCAUUUCAUAGAGAAUGUCCUGCAUCAUAUUUAACCCAAAGGUUUUUGAGAAAGUAAUACAAAACAUUACAUUAGCAUGUUAAUUUAGCAACAUGCAGGUUAUCAUGAGUACCUCAGUUCUUGAAAUGAAAAUGCAGGCUACUACAGAGACUUAUCAUUUAUUGCAAUACAUGCAGGGUUUACUGCGUCAAAGCCAUGGUCUCAGGACAGGAAGUUGUUUAGUCGUGAAUAAUAACCAUAAAUCAUUUAAUGUACACCUGCGUUUUUCUUCCCUGAAUGGCCUACAACAACUGUCCUGUAUAUUAAGUGUAUCAAAGUGUAUAUGUACUUGUAUUCUUGCUGACACUGUGGUAAAAGUCUGGAUUCAGUCUUUGAGAACUUUAGAAAUGAGUUAGGAAGUCAUCGUGUUUAUGAAUGUUUUGUUACUUAUUGUCCCGAUGGGGACAAUAAGUAACUUCCCUUUUUAGGGAAGUCGUGGCCUAAUGGUUAGAGGGUUGGACUCCCAAUCGAAGGGUUGUGAGAUCUAGUCUCGGGCCGGAUGGAAUUGUGGGUGGGGGUAGUGCAUGAACAGUUCUCUCUCCACCUUCAAUACCACGACUUAGGUGCCCUUGAGCAAGGCAUCGAAACCCCAAUUGCUCCCCGGGCGCCGCAGCAUAAAUGGCUGCCCACUGCUCCGGGUGUGUGCUCACAGUGUGUGUGUGUGUGUACACUGCUCUGUGUGUGUGCAUUUCGGAUGGGUUAAUGCAGAGCACAAAUUCUGAGUAUGGGUCACCAUACUUGGCUGAUUGUCACUUCACUUCACUUCACAAUACAUGUUUUAUUUUUUGUCCAAGUGUACUUAGUAAUGCAGCUGUUAGUGAUUAAUUUUUUUUUAUUAGCAUACAUUACCAUGAUUGUUUUUUGUUUGUUUGUUUGUUUUUUAUAGGAACCUAAAAUCAUUAGUUAAGAUUCUUCAGCCUUAACAUUUGUACAAACACAGAAAGUGCAAAUAGCCACUGCCGUUUAGAAACACUUGAACUAAGAUGAUGGCUUAUUUUAUACCAUUGUACUGGUGAAUUUUGUUUAUUUAUUCCUGCUCAUUCUCCUGCACCACCUCCCAUCUCAGUCAGAGAACUAGCUCAGGUUAGGAAGGUACAUUACAAAUGUAAUUAACAAUUAGACUCUAUACAUUGUAAGACAUCUUAAUGUUGUGUCAACAGUACAGAAUGUAAACUAUACAUUUGAAGGUUGGCAUCAAUGUAAUAUCACACUUGUGUUUAAAUGUAUUUUACUCAUAUAGCAAUUAAAUUGAAAGCUCUGAAUGAAAUAAUGAAAUAUGAAAAUCAACUACCUGUCUGCUAAGAACAUAUAUACCGUUACAGUUCCUUGGGUCUCUGCUUGGAUUAUCUCUGAUUUUGAAAUAUAAAUGAAAUGAAAUCUUCAAUCGAUCAGAUUGUGAAACACACUUUUUAAUUUAUUUUUUCCUAUGUGUGUCCCAUGGACAUGAUUAUGGAGUUUCUGAAUGCUUCUUCCAUUCUUUAAAGGGGUCAUCGGAUACGACAUGCAUUUUUACAAGUAGUUGGAACAUAAAUGUGUGUUGGCAGUGUGUGUGUAAACAACCACCCUAUUAUUAUAAAAAUCUACUCAAUCUUUACCCCUUCCAGCACAUACUAAAAUCUUUAACCCUUUCUCAAAUCAAAUCUUUACCCCUUUCCCUGUCCUCAGCUUCUUUUCUGUGUGACGUCACACAGACAAGCCCCUCCUACGAUAGCUGAUUUACACUACCGCCUUACCUUAGUGAGUGAGCUGUCAUCAGUCCACCAUUGUUUUGAUCCCUGAGCAGUAGUAGACAAGAAUGGCUCCUAAGUGAUUAAGGUGUUUUGUUGUUGGGUGUAAUAAUGAACAAAGCAGUCAUCAUUUAUUCCCAACAUCUGAGCCAUUGAAGACGCAGUGGAUUAUGUUUGUUUUUGAAGGGAAUGCGCCCCUGAUCUACAUGGAUUUGUCUAUGUUUGCGUGAAUCAUUCAUGAUUAAGCCUCACUUACAGAAGAUUUGAGUAAAAAGUUUUUUUUUUUUUUUUUUUUUUACAAAUCUUUGCAAAUUGCCUUUGCUAAUAAGGGGCUAAUUAGCAAGUUUCACGAUGGCCUGUAACAUGGAUUGUGUUAAUGAAAUGCUCUGAUUGUUUUUUUGUUUGUUUUUUGUUUUUCUCUCUCUUCUAAUAAUUUGUGUUGUACAGCUUGUAUGAGCUUUAUAUAUGCUUUAUGUUACAACACUUUAAUGGAAACGCAUGUCUUAAAGCUGUGAUAUAAUUUGUUUCGUUCAAACCUUGUUAGUGUAUCUAAUCACUGUUGUGAUGCAUUCAAAAACUCUUUUGGAUGAUUAUGUUGCACUUUAUUGCACUUUAGGUUUAAAUAUUAAAAGACAUACUUUUGUUUCUUA